UUUGUUCGUUUCUGUUUUCCUUUCAAAAAGCCUCGUUGUCCGAAGAUCUUUAGCUGUCUCCACAGCAUCUACUCGCUUCUCAGUUCCUGCCUGCUCUUUGAAUGCAUGCAAGCACUCCCAAGCUGCCAGUUCGGCAGCUUCUCAUUCUCUCAAUAUGUCGCUUUGCAGAACCUAUCGCCGUGACUUCGUACCUACCGUACCUUCCUGAAAUGAUUGAAAGCGUCGGCGUCCCGCAAUCUGAAGUCGCAAAAUGGGCGGGUCUUACCUCGGCCAUCUCGUCCUUUUCCCAGGCCGCUAUGGCCGUUUACUGGGGUACGGCUUCAGACCGUUUCGGGCGCAAGCCCAUCAUCCUGCUCGGACUCACUGCCACCAUGGUCCUGUCUCUAGCUUUCGGUCUGUCGAAAUCGCUGCCUAUGCUCAUCACGUGCCGCGGUAUGAUCGGCUUCAUGAAUGGGAAUGUUGGCAUUAUACGCACUAUGGUGGCAGAGAUGGUACAGGAUAAGGAGCUGCAGCCUAGAGCGUUCAGUAUAAUGCCCAUGGUUUGGACUAUUGGGAGUAUUUUUGGUCCAUCGUUUGGAGGGUCUCUUGCAAGGCCGACGGAGAAGUAUCCUGAGAUUUUUGGCCACUCUUGGUUUUUUAAGGAGUAUCCGUUUGUUCUGCCCAAUAUGGUUGCUGGGUUUUUCUUUAUUAUUGGUAUCUCGACCGGGUUCUUGUUUCUACAUGAAACUCUACACACAAAACAAGGUUAUCGUGAUUCCGGUCUGGUCCUUGGCCAGAUGCUCACUGGCCUUUGCACCGGUAAUUGCCGGAAGGUCACAAAAAGGUUGGAGGAUGAUGAGACGACCCCUUUGCUUGGGGAGCGCUUGCCUGCAUCCAAACACCAGAUCAAGGCCGAAGUGAAAAAGCACAGCUGGAGAGAGGUGCUUAAUCCGCAGUCCGUUUUAAUUCUCUUAGCAUACACCCUAAUGUCAGUGCACACGAUGGCGUUUGAGUCUGUUCUUCCAGUAUUCCUGCACACACCUGUGCAGCACCUCCAGGACAAUCCAGACGUCCAGCUGCCUUUCAAGUUCGUGGGUGGAUUUGGCAUGGUACCUUCAGACUCCCAGAGAAUCGGCUUUUUCUACACCAUAACGGGCUGCAUCGGCAUAGUAAUGCAAUUCUACGUCUUCCCCUUCUGCGCAAAACGCUUCGGUGUCCUAAACUGCGUCAAAGCCUCAGCCGCCGUUUUCCCCAUUAUCUACCUCCUGACGCCUUACAUAGCGCUCGUCCCGGAAUCUCUCCGCAGCAUCUCAAUAUGCCUUUUAAUUUUGUCCAAACUUACAGCAUCGAUUUUUAACUUCCCGGGUAUUACGAUCUUGCUCACGAAUUCCGCAGGUAGUCUCAGUAUUCUUGGAACGCUUAAUGGUGUCGCGACGAGUAUGAGCGCCGUUGGACGCGCCGCUGGGCCUGCCAUGCUGGGCCCUAUAUUCUCCCUGGGGCUCAGGGCUGGCUUCAUAAUUUUGCCUUGGUGGUUCCUUUGUGCCAUUUCUGCGCUUGCUGCAACUCCGAUACUCUGGAUUGUUGAAAGGGAUGAGUUCCAAGAUCAGGAUAUGGGGCAAAGCGAGAGUUCUGAUGAGUCGGAGACGGAGGCUGAACGGGGCACCGUCCAUCCGGCGAAGAGCCAGACCAGGACUGAGAGCAAUCACGGUACCUAA